AUGAGGAGGGGAGCCGCAGACCACACUAUCACGAACCUGAGCCUCGCGACGAGCAUCUUGCCGAACUGGAACUCCAACGCUGCCAGCAGCAGUAGCAGCACAAUGCAUGUGACGAGCCCCGAGAGAGCAGCAACGAUCCGGCCGACGUCGACCUCUGCCUCCGUGGUCGUCAAGCCCGCUACGUGGCAUCCCAAGGUGGAUCACUGCACUCUGCUGUCGCACUCUUGGCCAAUCACUCGAGUAGGACAGACCUCUGCGAAGAACAUGAGGCACGGCGAGGGGCAGAUCCAGGAAGAGGAGCAACGAUCGAGUGAAGCAAUGGAGGCGUUUUCAUUUAUCAUCAGGCAACUCUGCGAUGGUGAGCACUUUCGCUGCACACCAAGUGUUUGGCUAAAUGCUUCAGUCAACUGCAGUGAACCAACCAUGGGAUCCUCCUCGGAUUUGGCUCCUCAUUUGGAUUUCAAUCUUGGUCUGGAAUUCCAAGAUGAGGUUCGACGGAGCUACAAGUCUCCGGUACAUCAUCCUUAUCCCACUCCCAAUGGCUCGUUCUUCCUUCUGGUCACAUUCCGCCGUUUCCUGUUCCGCCUGACUGAGGAUACGGUUGCUCUGGCACUGCAAUCCUGUUUGGGUGGCAAAGCUCUGGACUUUCAUGUUCAAUUCCUAAGCAACAAUCAUUUUCGGUUCUCGGUGUUCUCGAAAGAUGUUGGCUUCUUUGUUUACAAACUCUGCAGAGUCAUUACCAACAUGUUUGAUAUCUAUUUUCAUCUUUGGAACAAUGGCACACCCCACUGGGAACGUGAGAAGCAUGCUUGGGAGAUCGAGCAAGAAAAAGAAUGGACAAAGCGUGGUGAGGUCCUCGACAUCUGUCCUGAGGAUGUUUUGGGAAACAAUGCUACAAAUGAUGGAAGCUCAUCUCCAAGUGAUGCCAGCUCAACUCAGAUGGAGGAUCAUGCUCGCUUUGUUGCUUCACAGACCCGUUGUGCAAAUAUGCUCAUGCUCCACAAAAAUGGCCUCCCGAGUGAUACUGAACUGAGACAGAGGGCAGCAGAUAUGCUUUAUAACUCAAAUGCAGUACCUCCGAGGUUCACCCUUAGGGGUAUUUUUGUAGAUGGGGCAAGCAGCUCGAGAAGCCAACAGCAGAUGCACAGGCCUAUCACCAUUGACACCUCUAGAUUUGCACAUCCUGUUGAAAAUGAAGAUGCAACCAGAUUAGGUGGUCAGAACAGAAGGGUGAACCAUCCUCCACCUGAAGCAUCUGGUGUGGCAGUUGUAGUAUGGCGCCCUGCUCCUGCUGUGGAACUGUUGAGAGCUUUUCCCUAUUUCAUGGAGUGUCGGUGUAUUGCACUGGCCCUUGCAGCAUCCAAGAUUGGUCCUCCACUGACCAUUGAUGCUAUGGGGAUUGUACAUGAGGAGGUGGAUCUGCAAAUUUGGGUUCAGAACUCUAUCCCUGCCAGCCCUGUUAUGCUUGAGGAUGAGUUACCCGAGAGUUCAGCUCCUGUCAUCCCUGAUCUCACCCCGACUGGUACACUCUUCUUGUGCGCUUCUGGCCCAUCUAAUCUUGAAAUUCAAAUUGAGGGAAUCAGGCCUGGUCCAGAAAGCAGCAUGGGCCGGGCUGAUGGCAACCAAGCUCCUCAGAAACGCAAGGAUAUGCUCCUCCCAAAUCUUGUUUCCAUCUCUGAUCCACGCACGCCUCUAACCCAAACAUUUGUGCGUCGCAGCACUCGCCUCUCGUCCGACAAGGAGGGUUUCCGCCCGGUCAGAAUCGAUAAAGAGCCCUCUAAGCGGAGCAAGAAUUGGGUGGUAGAAGUCGAUGAAGUCAAAGGGGAGAUAAAACCCAUCUCAACUUCUUUUCUCAGAGGAUGGGGUAUACAAUGUGGUGUUGACCCUAGCGGUCUCGACGAUGACGAUCUUAUUUAUUACAGGCGCCUCCUCCAUUUGUUCCCGAUGAAGAUGACAAAGAACAGUAAAGAAGGGAAGAAGCGGAUGGAGAGCACUGGAGCUUCUAUGGGCCAGAAGAUCGUUUUUGUUUCCAACCAAGUCCAUUAUCCUAUCGUGCUAUCGAUGUGCCUGUGUUGGAACAGCCUAUAUUUUGUGUUGGUUUCGGUUAAAGCUGAUCACAAUGCUCAUGUUCGCUAUGAUUCAUAUCUAUCAUGUGCUGAUGAUCCUAGUGACAUCAGUGAGAGCUGCCCCCAUAAAUUUGUUAUCAAUGAAUACACGUGA